CGUUUCACCACGCCUAUCCGCAGGGUAGGGGGUCGGCCGGUAGCUAACCGUGCGACGUUGCCAUUCUCGGGAGAAUCCAGCAUGCCGUGCGUAGGAAAGCAGGAAACGUAGGAGGCCGUGUUUGACCCAAAUAAACAAAGCAAGUCCAAACAAGUCGAGCCCGCGCAAAACAUCAACAACAGCGAGUCCACCUACAUUGUCUUUGACCAAGUUCACCAUGUCAUCGGAAACUAAAAAGAAGAGGUCCCCGAAUUUCACCGAGUCGGAGAUAGAGCUGUUUGUGGAGGUUCUCCUCCCAAAAUAUAAAUCUGUCAUUGAAAACAAAAAGACCGACGCCCUGACGCGGGGCGAAAAGGCGGCGGCCUGGAGCCGCCUCCAGGUAGACUUCAACAACUUAUCCUCAAUUUUCCAUAGAACUGAGGAGAAUUUAAGAAACCUGUGGGGCGAAUUGAAGAAAAAGGCCAGAAAAAGUCAGGCUUUUCAGAAAAGGGAGACGGUGUGCACAGGUGGAGGUGAAAGGAACAAAAGUGGCGACCCAACUAAGCUGGACGAUAAAGUGCUGGAGGUGAUUGGGCCAUCCGGAGUGGGCCUCAAUGAGCAAUAUGGAGGAGAUGCUGAAAUACCAGAGACUGAUUCUUCCAGUGCUACAGAUGCAAACUAG